CGCUGCAGUCCACCCUGUGCUGCCCAGCAGUCAGCAGUUUGUUUAUGGGACUCCAUUUGCCAAGCUAAUCUUCCCGCCUUUCAAGUGGAAGCCAACGAGCGAAGGAGAGAGGGGGAGAGAGAGAGACAUAGAGAGGGAGGGUGAGAGAGAGAGAGAGAGAGGGAGCGAGAACGAGCGAGAACGAGCAAGGACAAGAGUGUGAAAGUGAGGUAGGUAGUUGCAGUCCUUGGCAGGGAGAGAGAAAGAGAAACAUGCUCAGGGAAGUGUGCGUGGUAUUGUAAAUAUUAUUUUUCUUGUUUAUAAAGUUUAUUUGUGUGGCUGAAAGGCCCACACGCAUAUAUUUGUCCGCUCUGCAUGACCUGUCGUAAAGUCGGAGGCAGUUUUUGGAGCCGGGUGCUAUGCUGAAGCUGGGGGCUGCUGUCCCUGUGCACCUGAAGACGAGCUUGCAAGAGAGGAUCGCAGAGAGGGAGGUGUAAUAGAGGAGAGGGGGCUGUGGAUCAGAGCUUCAUCACCCUGGCUCUGCUUCAUCACCAGCUGGAUGGGGGUUCUGGUUUGCUGCGACUGCUUCUUCUAUAGGAAGUCAAAGACAAAGCCAAAUGGAAAGAAGCCUCCAACAGAAGAGAAAAAACAGUACUUGGAACCGGAGUUCACAAAAAUCCGUGUGGUGGACUUCGACCUCAAGGAGCUGGUGGUGCUGCCCAGAGAGAUAGACCUAAAUGAAUGGCUGGCCAGCAACACAACAACGUUCUUCAACCUUAUCAACCUGCAGUACAGUACCAUCUCAGAGUUCUGCACUGGGGACACCUGUCAAGCCAUGACAGCCUGCAACACAAUAUACUACUGGUAUGACGAGAGGGGGAAGAAGACAAAGUGCACUGCUCCGCAAUAUGUCGACUUUGUAAUGAGUCUUUGUCAGAAACUGGUCACAGACGAGGAAAUCUUUCCUACAAAAUACGGCAAAGAGUUUCCCAACUCCUUUGAGUCCUUGGUAAAGAAGAUCUGCCGGUAUCUGUUUCAUGUGCUGGCUCACCUCUACUGGGCGCACUUUAAAGAGACGGUGGCUCUGGACCUGCAGGGCCACUUGAACACUCUAUAUGCACAUUUCAUCGUUUUCGUAAGGGAAUUCAACCUGGUCGACCCCAAGGAGACCUGUAUCAUGGACGACCUGUCCGAAAUCCUCUGCACCCCCGCCCCGCUGCCUGCGCCGGCCCCGGCCCCCUCCGCCCCAGCCUCGGCGCCCUCCCCCUCCUCACAAAACCAUGUCACGGAGAGAUGAGCGGCGAUGGCGGUAACACAACAGCCUUGGGGGAUAGAUGAUAAGUUAGAGGAGAGAAGAAAAGACAGCCUGGCCCCCUUCCUCGGUGUCAGCAGGACUUUAGAGACCUUCUACUACCCUUAUAUUUCGCUAUGACAUCAACCAACCAGCCACAAGGAAGGGGGGGAGGGUUUUCCGGGGGGGUUUGGGGUGGCGGGGAGGGGUUUGUCGCGCCAGCAGGAAUUGGCGUGAGCGUUCCUCCCAGGGGCAAAUCCCUCCCAUCUUCUCUGCAAUUUAAACUAGGAACAAAAAAGUAUGUGUAUGUUUUAUUUUUGGUUUUAUUUCUUUUCCUUUUGUUUCUUUUUGUUUUAUUAAGUUGAAUUUUUUGUUGUGGGUUAGGGUGUGUGUGUGUGCGCGUGUGUGUGUGUGUGUAUGGGAGGGGGGUGCAGUGUGUCUGUCAGCCCUCCCUCUAUCCUCUACCUAACAUACAGUACAGGAAGGGGGCUCUGCUUUGCUUUGACCUACUAUUGUACAGUGUUGUUGACGUGUGGAGAAGAGGUGUCUGUGCUCACCUGCGGGCUCGUCCUUCCCUCCUCCUGCAGCGACGGGAGGCGGCCCACGGCCACUGCACUGGCCAGUAGGGAGCCACGUUACCGCCUGAUGAGGCGAUACUAGCCAAUCACUGUUUGGGUUGUUUAUGUCGGGGAUGAUUAAAGCGCUUCCUACUCAGGACCUGAGAGAAUAAGUCACUGCUGCCAGAGAGAAGUUGCUCUCUCUCUCUUUUUUUUUUCAUUCUUUGUCCCUUGUUCUCCAGAUUGUUCAGCCCUUAAUGCGACAAAACCACGUUUAACUACACUAUAGUCACAUAAUCACCCGGUUUUACCCGUAACAAUCAUGUCCCAGAGCCAACCUGUAGAGGGCAGCACACUCGUAGAGAGAACGCCACAGACAGAGAAAGAGGAUAUUAAAAGAUUGUAUGAUGUGUAAUCUGAUCAGAGCGUGGAUGCUUUUGAGACACAGUAGUCUGGUGUCCGUCUGUGGCUGAAUCGGCCGUUGGGUGUUCAGCACAGCAGCGGCCCCUCAAACCACCGCCACCACCCUGCACUGCAGCAGCACAGAAGGACAAAGACAUGAGGUAAUGUCUGCAGGCCCACAGAGGGAGAGGUGGAGACGGAGAGAGGGGUGAGAGUGACGGCAGUGGAGCUGCUCUGCUGCUUCAAACAGACACCAGUACUCCCAGUGCAAAACACAACAUCUUGUUUUGUUUUGUUUUUUUUUUGUUUAACCUGUCCCUAUAAACUUGCUGUCUGAAAAGAUUAUCAAAGGAGAGUUAGUCCAGAUAUAAUAACAGAAGUGGUAUCAUUACACAUGUAUAGAAAAAUGCACAGUCUGCUUGGACUUUACUGUACAAAGAAUCGCAAGCGGGUUCUGUCAGGCAUAGCCUCUGUUUGGAGGAGGAUGGGUUUAUGAUUCUCCUUUUUUAUUUAUUUUAAUUCUUUUUUUUUGCAGGGUUCUUCAGUUCUGGCUCUCGUUUUUAUGUAUUUUAAUUAUUAACUAAGUUAAAAGCAAUUUAAUAUUUUAAGCUCUGCGGAUUAUAAUCUAAUAAAAGAGAAAUGCCA